AUGAAAAUGCUGGAUGUUAGUUUUACCGGAGAGUUCAUAGUUAAAGCUUCCGGCGACCAUACGGACAAAAUUCAUAGCCUUUCUCUCUCAAAUCUCGACCUUCUCUCUGGCCGUUUUCCGGUGACCUACUUUUACUUCUACCCCAAGCAACCUCACUCUUUUGAUUCCAUCGUCAAAUCCCUCAAAACCUCCCUCGCCGGAGCUCUUGACUACUUCUACCCUUUUGCGGGUCAGAUCUUUCAAAACGAAACCACUCAAGAAGAGCCUAUGAUCCUCUGCAACAACAAUGGAGCCUUGCUAGUCGAAGCUCGAGCUAAUUUUGAUCUCAAAAGUCUCGAUUUUUACAACCUCGACGUGUUUCUCCAAGCAAAGCUGGUUCACGUUAACCCAAACUUCGCUCUACAGAUUCAAGCGACAGAGUUCGAAUGCGGAGGCCUCUCUUUAACAUUCACAUUCGACCACGCUUUAGGAGACGCGACCUCUUUCGGAAAGUUCCUCACUUUAUGGUCAGAGAUAUCAAGAAAUCAGCCGGUUUCAUGUAUACCAGAUCACCGGAGAAAUCUCCUCCGUGCACGCUCUCCUCCGCGUUACCACCCUCUCUUAGACAGAACGUUCAUAAAAUGCAGCGAGGAAGAGAUCAAGAACAUACCGACGCCCAAAACGCUCAUCAAGCGUCUCUAUCACAUCGAUGCUUCGAGCAUAAACGCGUUGCAUGCUGUAGCUACUGUGAACGGAGAGAGAAGGACAAAGAUCGAAGCUUUCUCCGCUUACGUGUGGAAGAAAAUGGUGGAUUCUAUAGAGAGUGGUCACAAGACCUGCAAGAUGGGCUGGCUUGUUGACGGUAGAGGAAGACUCGAGACCGUUACCUCGAACUACAUAGGAAACGUCUUGUCUGUAGCUGUAGGUGAAGCCAAUGUCGAAAGCCUGAAGCAGAACCAUGUAUCAGAGAUAGCAAACGUAGUGCAUAAAUCGAUAACCGAAGUGACAAACGAUUCCCAUUUCACAGAUUUGAUAGAUUGGAUCGAGAGUCACCGACCUGGACUGAUGUUGGCUCGGGUGGUUCUCGGACAAGAAGGACCAGCUCUGGUCUUGUCUUCAGGACGACGGUUCCCUGUGGCUGAAUUAGAUUUUGGAUUUGGUGCUCCUCUCCUUGGAACUGUUUGCUCAACGAUUGAGAAGAUUGGAGUUGGUUACCUUAACCAACGACCUAGCGCCUGCAACGAUGGCUCGUGGUCGGUCUCUGCUAUCGUGUGGCCUGAACUCGCUGCAGCUUUAGAGUCUGACUCGGUUUUUCAGCCAAUGUCUGCUAAACAUCUUCAACUCCAGACCUGA